AAUCAACUGGCAUUCAAGUGUUGAACGUAAAAGUGUACACUGGCUGUUUCGAGAAAAAAAAAAAAAAAUAUAAUUAUUAUAUCAUAAUAAUAAAUUUAUUUUUUAAAUAUUUUUUAUUGUUUCAAGCUGUCGCGACUUAAAUUAUUUUUUAUCAAACGGAAAUGGCAUUGCUCCGGUUGAUGAAGCGCACAAAUAUUUUGCGACAGAGGAAAAAUUACGGUGACAAAAAAAAUUUAUCAAGCACAAACAAACUGUGUCAAUUAAAUCAAGUACUGCCACGUGAUAAUAAUGUGAGGAUAACAAGUGCACAAUUAGACGUAAAAGAUAGUGUACCGAGAGAUGCAAAGCGACCUACCGAUCCGCUAGAUUUGACUUUUAGCGACCCUGUUGCUGCGUUCAAGAGCAAAUCUAUGAAAGAGCUUAUUCGCGCUUACGUUUGUUUUCAAUUGUGCUCCUUUGAUUACGUCGUUGAAAAUAACGCCAAAAUAAUGAAAAUAGCCCAAAAUAUUCUCGGUGAAAAAAUCUUUACAUAUUUAAUGAAAUCAACAUUUUACGGGCAUUUUGUCGCUGGAGAAGACGAAAUCCACAUUCGUCCGACCCUGGACCGACUUCGUCAGUUUGGAGUUAAACCUCUUCUGGAUUAUUCCGUUGAGGAAGACCUCUCCAAAGAAGAAGCUGAGAGGCGAGAAGUAAAAGCCUCAAUUUCAGAAGCUGGAGACGAAAACAAAGAAGGAACAAUAAAAAAGUACCACUUGGAAAAAUCAUUUGCCGACCGUCGGUACAAAGUUUCGUCGGCAAGAACAUACUUUUACCUUAAUGAGGCUUCCUGCGAGCGAAACAUGGAUAUUUUUAUAAAAUGCGUCAAAGCAGUUUCCACGGCCUCUGUCGGUACCGGGAUGAUUGCAAUAAAAUUGACAGCGCUGGGGCGCCCUCAGCUUCUGCUACAAUUGUCAGAAGUGAUAAUGCGCGCGCGCCAGUACAUGUCUGAGGUAGUGGGGGGAGAGGGUGCCGUACUGGCUCACCACACUUCGCCAGAGGAGCUUAAAAAAAAGUUUGAGGACGCGCAUAUCACUGACGCUGCACCGGUAAAGAAAUUUCUCAAUGAACUCCAGUCGGAUAAUGAAGGGGUGAUUCAUCUUUUCCCCUGGAGCGGAAUUUUAAAUGAAAAUUAUGAAUUGAGUGAGACAUUCCAGGUACCGGAUAUAAAAACGGGGAGGAUGGUCAAGUUAAUGACCCAGCUGACGCGUAAGGAGGAGGAAAUGUUUAGGAAUAUGAUCAGGCGGUUAAACAAUAUUGCAACGAUUGCAGAUAAAUUGAAUGUCAGAAUAAUGAUCGACGCAGAGCAGACAUAUUUCCAACCAGCGAUUUCACGUCUUACUUUAGAGAUGAUGAGAAAGUACAAUACUCGGAGGCCUGUGGUAUUCAACACAUAUCAAACAUAUCUAAAAGACACCUGGAACGAAGUCAAGACUGACUUGGAGCAAGCAGAGCGGCAAAAGUUCUACUUUGGGGCGAAAAUCGUCCGAGGCGCUUACAUCGAGCAAGAGAGGGCGCGAGCUUUGGCUAUGGGGUACCCAGACCCGACGAAUCCGACCUAUCAGGCUACUACCGAGUCCUAUCAUCGUACUUUGAUGGAGUGUCUCAAGAAAAUGAAACAGUACAAGGAUCAAGGAAUCGAUCCCAAAAGGCUUGCUAUUAUGGUAGCUUCUCACAAUGAAGACACUGUUAGAUUUGCUAUAGAAAAGAUGAAGGAAAUUGGAAUUUCUCCAGAGGACAAAGUUAUAUGUUUUGGUCAAUUACUUGGAAUGUGUGAUUACGUCACAUUUCCUUUAGGACAAUCAGGAUACUCUGUAUAUAAAUACAUCCCUUACGGACCAGUAAAGGAAGUUCUUCCAUACUUGUCACGACGUGCCCACGAAAAUUGUGCAAUCCUCGUUAAAAUAAACAAAGAAAAAAAAUUGCUUAUGUCUGAAAUAUUACGGCGCUUGCGCAGUGGGCAGCUCUUUUACAAACCGGUCGGCCAUUACACUCCAGUAUAACACAAAAAUAUAACAAAUAUAAUAAAUAUUUAAUAAUAAAUAAAUUUAGUAAAAUUUUA